AUGAAUCAAACUGUAUUUAACAAACUAUUAGAGAAAGUUGGACCAAGCAUUGCCAAGCAAGAUACUGUUAUGAGGAAAUCAUUUAGUGCUAAAAAAAGAUUAUCACUUACACUACGAUAUUUGGCUACUGGAGMAAGUCAUGUAAGUCUCUCUUAUUCUACUAGAAUAGCAAAAAACACAAUUGGUGGCAUUGUUAUUGAAACUGUAAAUGCAAUUAUAUCUUGUUUAAUGAAAGAUUAUUUAAAGAUUCCAGAUACCCAAGAAGAAUGGGAGAAAAUAGCAGCAGAUUUUUAUGAAAUUUGGUGGUUUCUAAACUGUUUAGGAACGAUGGAUGGGAAACAUAUUACAUUUAGACCAAGACGAGCAGAUGGUGCAUUUUAUCAUAAUUAUAAAGGAACUGAUAGUAUUGUUCUUUUAGGUGUUUGCGAUGCUAAAUAUAGAUUUAUAUGUGUAGAUAUUGGUCAAACAGGCAGAAUGAAUUAUGGUGGGGUAUACAAUAAUAGCAAUUUAAGUAAUGCUAUUAAGACAAAUGCACUUAAUUUCCCAGAUGACAUAACAUUUCCAAAUUCUAAAAGUAAAAUUGUUAUUUCUCAUGUUUUUAUCGCAGAUGCAGAUGCAAUUGCAUUGAGCGAAAGGCUUAUGAAACCUUUUYGAAAUAGACUACUCACAAAAGAAGAGUUGAUUUACAAUUAUAGAGUUAGUCGAGCUCGUAGAGUAAUUGAAAAUGCAUUUGGAAUUUUGGCUAACCG